AUGCGUUUUCUUUUGCUCGCCGUGCUUUGUGCAGUGCAACUAUUAAUUUGUGUUGUAGUUGCAUUAAAAGGCGUGGCAGCUGAAGGUGAAAAUGGGGUUAGACGCGGGUCAUUUCCUUAUAUGGCUUUUCUAUAUUACUCGGACGAGACAAUUCUGGAGAAUGACGCAAGAUUUACUAGAAGUGCUGCAUUGAUAAGUGAUGAUUGGCUAAUAUCUUCAGUCACCGUGUCUCUUGCGUUUCCACAAAAAACCCUUUUAGCAAGAGUGGGAGCUAUUAGUAUUGACACGAAGUUAACUUUAAAUGAGGACGAAGAUGAACAAGAACGCGAGAUAAUCACGAUAUUACGCCCUUACAACUACAACGCAACACAAUGGUGGAAGACUGAUAUUUCCUUGUUGAAAACGCUGUUCCCUUUUAAUGUGACAUCUUCUGUGGCACCAAUUCCGAUAGCCAUCAAUUAUGAUACUUCAGACAACUGCUUCAUACUUGUUUAUGCUAGCCGAUAUAAUGUAACAGAACGUAACCUUAUACAAAUGAAUGUCAAACUUCUACCACCGACGCCAGAAACCUGUGGAAAUAAUUUUGAAAAGGAAACUAUGAUUUGCGCUACUGAUAGUGACAAGGAUGCUGUAACCGAUCCUGACUUUUGUCAGGGUAACAAUGGAGGUCCUCUUAUAUGCGACAGUGAAAUAACUGGUCUACAGACAUACACCAAUGAUUGUAAGCAGCCGUAUCUCUAUCAGCUUCUAACAGUGUGGAAACAGUUAAUAACAUGUGCUGCAGAACAACGAUAUUUAACACAGUCUUGUGCUGAUAUUUGCUCCGUAAUAACAAAAGAUCCACCAAUUUAUUCUUCAUCGGAAUCGCCUGAAAUAUCAGAAACAGUGGGUGAAACUAAAGGUGAAACGACGGAUGAAACGGCGGGUGAAACGGCGGGUGAAACAGCGGGUGAAACGGCGGGUGAAACCGCGAGUAAAAUGACGGUUGAUACGACGAGUGAAAUUGUAGAGGAAAAAAUACAUAGUCUGUCUGAUAACACUGAAUCCGCUUAUACUCCCACUAAGACUGAUGCUACAGAAACUGCAUCUACUAUAGAAGUAAAAAAUCCUAUAGUCACAAGUGAGAAGAAAAACAAAGAAAAACGGGUAACUACUAGUACUCCAGCGGUUGUUGAAAAUUAUUCUCUAGACAAGUCUACUGCUGGUGAAGUUGAGAACUCUGAUGAAAGCGGUCGAAGGAGAUUAAAUAAACCUCGUCAUAAAGUACGUAGUGAUGCAAUGAAAAUAGUUCCAAAUAAAUUUCAUUAUUUAGUUACCUCAAUAAUCUGUAUCUUGGCAUAUACUUAGAUCCGUUGAUUAUCCAUUAAACUGAAUUUAAAGAAUUCAAUUAAAUU